CCCGGCGUCAGAACCCCGCGCUCCGCCCCCGCUGACGAGAUCGAUGCGCGACAAUGCGGCAGCGCCACUGACUUCCUGAUGCUCUGGCGUCCGAGACCGACGCCGGUCUGGGAGCGGGAUGGAGCCGGAGCGGAGGCUGCGAGCGGCUCCCACGCGUGGCAGCCGGGGGUCCGGGUGCUGAGUCCCGCCGGCGUGCGGCGAUAGCACGUCUCCCCCUGGCGCGUCGGGGGCGGCAGCCAUGGGCUCCCAGGACGUGCUGAGCGAGACCACCCGGCUGGCCUCCUCCAGCGCCCUGCUGCAGAUAUUGUUUCGGGUGAUUACUUUUGGCUUAAAUGCAUUUACUCUCCGCUAUGUAUCAAAAGAAAUGAUUGGCCUUGUGAAUGUAAGGCUAACACUGCUUUAUUCUACAAUUGUUUUCUUAGCCAGAGAGGCAUUCCGUAGGGCUUGUUUGAGUGGCAGCACAAAACGAAAUUGGACCAAAACUAUUAAUCUUUUGUGGCUAACAGUUCCUUUGGGGCUGUGUUGGUCACUGUUCCUGGGCUGGAUCUGGCUACAGUUACUUGAAGUUCCUGAUCCUAACUCAGUUCCCUACUAUAAGAUUGGAGUAGUUGCAUUUGGUCUUUCUGCAGUGGUUGAACUUCUAGGAGAACCAUUCUGGGUUUUGGCACAAGCACAUUUGUUUAUAAGGCUUAAGGUAAUUGCUGAAAGUCUUUCAAUAAUCUCCAAAUGCAUUUUGACAGUUAUUUUAGUAGUGCUGUAUCCACAAUGGGGACUUUACAUUUUUUCUUUGGCCCAGCUUUUAUACACAAGUAUUCUGGUGCUAUGCUAUGUAAUGUAUUUCGUGAAGUUUUUGGGUUCUCCUGAAGCAACAAAGAAAUCUUUUCCAGUUUCUAGAAUGACAGAUCUGUUACCCAACCUGAUUGAAGACCAGACAGUGGUUGACUGGAAAGAGGCUAGGUUGACUUGGAGCUUCUUUAAACAAUCUUUCUUGAAACAGAUGCUGACAGAAGGUGAAAGAUACGUGAUGACGUUUUUGAAUGUGCUAAAUUUUGGAGACCAGGGUGUGUAUGACAUAGUGAAUAACCUUGGUUCUCUGGUGGCUAGAUUUAUCUUUUUGCCAAUAGAGGAGAGUUUUUACAUUUUCUUUGCUAAGGUGCUGGAAAGAGGGACGGAUGUAAAGCUACAGAAACAAGAUGAUAUUGCAAUGGCUGCAGCAGUGUUGGAGUCACUGUUAAAACUCGUGCUUCUGGUUGGCCUGAGCAUUACAGUUUUUGGCUAUGCCUAUUCUCAACUGGCUCUGGAUAUUUAUGGAGGUUCAAUGCUCAGUUCGGGAUCAGGUCCCAGUCUCCUGCGCUGCUAUUCUUUAUAUGUCCUGCUUCUUGCUGUCAAUGGAGUAACAGAAUGUUUUACAUUUGCUUCUAUGUGCAAAGAGGAGGUAGACAGAUUCAAUUUUGUUAUGCUGGCCUUGUCCUUCACAUUCUUGUGCGUCUCUUAUUUCUUGACUCAGUGGCAAGGCAGUGUAGGCUUUAUCCUUGCAAACUGCUUCAAUAUGAGUAUUCGAAUAGCACACAGCAUUCACUACAUCUACAAUUACUUCAAAGAGAGCUCUUACAGACCUUUGAAAGGGCUGCUACUCUCGCCAUCACUAAUUUUUGUUUAUAUUAUAAGUGGAGUAGUCACUGUUUUUUCAGAGAUAUUCUUGUGCUGUGAUAAAGGCUGGCUGGCAAGGCUGAUUCACAUCAUUGUGGGAGCUCUGUGCUUCGCAGCAACACUUAUCACUGUAUUCUUCACAGAGACCAAGCUGAUUAACUUUGUUAGAACGCAGUUCCUGUCACGAUAUACCAAGAAAGAAACUUAAAAUGAUCAUGUACGGAAUAAUUAUGUAUGUAUAUGUUUGCUACAAAGGUAUAUUUUAUAUAUAAAAUAUGCAUAGGAUAAGUUUUAAUGGCACCUUGUAAGGUUUCUUUAAAAAAAAA